CUCAGUGGGUGCAUGUGAGCCCUCUAUCUUCUGUAUCUUUGCCCAUUUCGCGGAUUUCACGGCAUCGAAAGCGACACACCAAGCCCUAAGAUCUCCCUCCAGCCAAUCACCCACACAAGAUGGAUCCCGGAACUGGUUUAAUAAUUGCAAGUAUCACGAAAGAGGUCGCUACCACGCUUAUCCAAAGGCACGGUUCACAAGCUGUCAUCGCCGGGUUACGGGCAUGGACACAACACAGCAGCGGACGGUCGUCGAAUCUGGGACACGAGGAGGCCAUGAAGCAAGCGAAGAACGCAAUACCAAGUUUCUUGAGCAGCAUCGAGUCGAAUAGCCUUCAUGUAAUUCCGGGCGCUUUCAACUCCUCUCCCGAAUUCAUCGCCAUGUUCCAAGCUGAGGCGCUGGUCGCCAUCCCCGUGGCCCUGCUUGCGGUCAAGCAGGCGAUUGAUCGAGUCGGGUCAAGUCUACAGGGAAUUCAGCACGAGCUGACAAUUACCAACAUGGCAAAAAUCCAGGGCUGGGAACAGGAGGGCUUCGGUGCGCAUGUGUAUCGUUUUGUGGAGUAUGAGAUGCUCCAGGUUGCGAACGCCCGCGCGAAGAGCAGUGAUCAACGGCAGCACUACUUCUACGUCUGGAACCGGGAUACAGAUUGGUAUCCAGUAUUCGAGGCGAAGAACCGAGCCUUUCCUCUUGGUUCUGGGUUUGGAGGGUAUCAUCAUGAGCUUGAUGCGAUCUGUAUGCGCAUGAGGGCAGACAGGAGGACACUCAUUCAAACUACGUCUCAUGGACGCACAGCGCAGUUCCAUCUUCUCGUUCCAACUCACCAGCCUUAUGUUCUGGAUCACCCGGUCAUAUUCCACGAGAGCCUCUUUCCGCUUACUAUCACGGGUCAGCGGCAUCGCAGUGUGGACCUCGUUUGGUUUAAUCUGUGCUCGAAACCAACGGGGUUACAGCUGCAAUGUAUCGGAGUCCUGGGAGAGAGGGCAAAUACCAUUGAGCAGGCCGGGGCUCUUAGCUUGGCUGGCUGCUGUAUCGGCUUCAUGGCUGCUGGCUGUGCUGCUAUCGCAUUCCCGCCGUGCGCUCCUCUUGCAGAGGCAGUCGCGUUGCCGCUCUGGUCGGGGGCAGCGGCAUCUUGGAGUGCUGCAGCCGGGGCUUCUGUCUACGAACACGCUAAUCGUGGAGAGCUUUGCAUCCUAGGGGAUGAUUCCAUACUGGUCGAGAGAAAGGAAUAGUGUGCGCUGGCUUUAGACAAGGGUCUUUGAGGGCGCAUUGGUCUUUGGCUGUGCCCAAGAAGGCUUUGCUAAGUCCGGGAAUUGGUUUACACUACUUGAAAGCAUUUACUUAUCGCGUUGUCUAAAUUAAUGGCUUUCUAUACUGUAUCUAGAUCUUUCAGCCUCGUUGCCAAUUGCUAUUCUAGUAUUGUGUCAUGAACAUUCGAAAUCAA